AAAAUGGGCAGAUUUGGUUGUUGCAAGUGCUCGAGCUCCACAAGAGCCUUUACCACACCGAUGAUGUUCCUCAAGGAGAGUUGAGGUUGUUGCAAGAUUGAAGUCAUUGGAGGAAGGUGCGACAAACUGUUUGGUUGAAGCUCGAUAAAGUCAUGAAGGCAUUGCUGGAACAUAAGGCAGAAGGUCACCCGGAAAAUGAAGGUUUUUGGAGAUUUCAGGGCCGACCUCAGUUUCUUCAUAAUUGCGUAGAAGAUCAGAAUGUGGGAAGAGAUAUAAUUGUUCAUCGUGUUCGCAGGAACAUCAAAAACAAAAAAGAUAUGCCUACUGCUGGACCAAUAGGUCCGGUUGAUUGGAAUGUAGUUGAAGUGAAACUGGACCAACAUUCUGGAAGCAAAGCUGAGAGUCUGAGACCACUGACCCAAUUCUUAGAGGCAAGAUUGUGGCUCAAGUUACUGCUACUUAUGCAGUUGCAAGGUUCUACAAGCUUCAACUUGCUUGCUACAGGCUACCAUCUGAUUUAUGUAAUUAAUUAAGUUCGUCUUUUUUUCCGAUUAUGCACUAAAUAAACCAAAUGCUUCCCUCUUUGGGAUUGUCAUUUGUGAUUUGUGAUCUGUGAUCAAUAAAAUAGAAAAGGAGGAUGCUCCCUUUUGUUCUUUGUAAUCACAUCGAUCUAUUAUCAAUGCUAAUUAAGAGUUUUUAUUUUAAUACUA